GAUAGGAAUGACAUAUAUAUACAUAUACAUGUGAAAUGCGGCACCUUUUCAAAUCAAAGCUCUAAUGUUUUACAUGCAAUAAGCUGCAGCUACAUUGACGGAAUGAAGGUCCGAGAGGUGAGCUUAGGUGGAGAAACAACGUCAUUGAAACGACGUUCUGAAUGAGGGGCAAAGAGCUCUUUGAUGUUGAGGUAUAGAAAGCAUCUCUUAUUUGUAAAAUAUGAGAAGCUUCAGCACAACUACCUUACCACGGCAUUAAGGUAGAGUCAAUUUAAAUAUGGCCGAACAAGAUACACAUGCUUCUCAUUUUGGAGGUCAUCCUAUUCCUACUGGGAAAGUAACAGAGAGGGUCUCGAGAUGGAAUUUGGCAGGUCUAGGCAAGGCAUCGACAAAUAAUACUUCCAACUCUGCCGUCUCGGAACAAGAUCGCUUUGGAUCCAACUCCUCUAUUAUUCCACCAUGGAAUCCACAGGUUAAUGCUACAGCAAUUGGUCUACUCCAACGUAGUUUUCUCCCCGCCUUAACCACCAACACAACUCUCUCACUCAUCUCCUACACCAUCGCUCGUCUCACAAACCGACUCGAUCUCAAAGAUAUCCUCUGGCCACUCGGCCCCCUCAUCACUUCCUGGACCCUCGCCCUCGAACGCCACAACUUCGACAUAUCGCAAACAUGGACCCAUCUCGCCUACCCCCAAAAACUCAUCAUGGCAGGUCUCACAGCCUGGUCUCUGCGUCUCUUCUACCGCAUCACAUCGCGAGCUAUCUAUCGCGGUGAGGACGACGCGCGCUAUGCUUCUUUACCGAAAACGAGAAGCUUUUGGAAUAAAACACUCCUUUCGACUUUCUUGCCAGAAGCACUUGUGCAAUCUGUUAUUGCGCUUCCGUUUGCGAUGAGUUUGGCGGCGCCUGAGGUGCUUAUUGGAAAUCAACCACUUCCUGGUAAUCCGGGUUGGCAAGUGGCUAAUGCGGCUGGGGUAUUUCUUUUCACAGCGGGGUUUGCUUUCGAAGCGGGUGCGGACUGGCAGUUAGAGAAUCAUAAAAAUGAACGAACGGUAGGGCUACUGAGAGAUGGUGUUUGGAGCAUUGUUAGACAUCCUAACUAUCUGGGAGAUGCACUUAUCCAUGCUUCUUUCCCGCUUAUUCUCUACGGAGCCGGAAUCUUUCAUCCUCUCAUGCUUCUGGCACCGCUUGCGAACUACGCUUUUUUGAGGUAUGUAGGAGGAGAUGGACAGAAUGAGAAGAGUCAGGAAGAGAGGUAUGAGGAGAGAGAUUUGAAAAAAGCAAAGGAUUUGAAGAGCUACAAGAUGGAGAAGAAUAGUUUUUGGCCACGUGUAGAGGAGUGGAAGAAUGAAUGGGCUUGGAUUGUUGUAGGGACAGGUGUGGUGGGUGUGCUUGGUGAGUGGAGUGUGAGGAAGUUUUUGUAGGUGGUAAUGGGGGGAAUGGAUGUUUUAUAUGUGGUUGUGUUGGAUGAGGAAUCUGGAGGGGGUUAUGUGUAAGAUUGUGUAUGAAUUCAAGAGUAGGUACUUUCCUGGCUUUGUAAUUGUUUAAUUUAAUAAAUGUAUAAACGGAGUAAUGUAUCAUUUCUUAAAGGAACACUCACAUACAUCUAAUAAAUAUACUGAAUAUGAGUACUUGCA